GCUCAUCUUGUUAUUCAUACUAACAAACACCUUGGAAAUCAUUCAUCAAUUUGGUAUGUCAAUGCAUUUCAAAGUCAGUGCUUGGAAUCAAUCAUAUUUAACCCCUUUUAGCUGUUGUUAAUCUAAACUAUUUGCUUUUCAGUUUACAGUUACAACUGAAAGCAACUUGUAACUUUCAGUUACAAUUGUAACUUUCUGUCUUUUCUCUCUCUCAGCUCUCUCUCUCUGUUCUUUCUGAUCUCUCCCACUUUCUCGAUUACUUUCUCUUUGUUUCUUCUUAGUUACCUAAGAAACCUUAGGUCAGGUCCAGGUACCUGACAAGGUGCUUUGGACAUCUUGAGUUUGGGGAGAGGGAUGGAGGGUCUUCCAGUUCUUUAAGGUCUCAUAGAUGAUACGAGGGAGAAAUUGAUCUGCAAAGUAGAAAAAAGAGAAUGGGUUUACUGCCUACACAUACUGAUGCAACCUUUAGGAGGUUUAUAUUGUAAUUUUGCAAGACAACUGUCCCUUCUAAUUUCCUUUUUCUGAUACUGUUCUAUGUUGAAGCCUUGGAUCUGCAUGGUCCGUGCAAUUUGGUAAAGGAAGGAAUUGCUUCAAAAUAAGGCCAUGCAAGAUAAAAGAAAUCCUAAACCCAAAAGGGAGAUCUUGCGGCUGAUUGACUCCACAAAGAAAGGCAUACUUGGUGGUGCCGGGGCGCAGCUAUCGACAACGGGGUUCCAAUUAGACUCCGGCCAAAACCUCAGAAUUCCGGCAUUUCCAGGGUGGUCAGGCCGGAUAUGGGCCAGAACAGGGUGCACAUUUGACGAGUCGGGGAUAGGUACAUGCCUGACAGGGGACUGUGGGGGCAGGCUGCAGUGUGAUGGCAUUGGAGCCGCACCACCCGUUUCUCUCUUCGAGAUCACACUUGGCACCGGUGAUCAGAUGGACUUCUAUGAUGUCAGCAUGGUUGAUGGUUACAAUCUCCCUCUUGUUGCCUCCCCCCAAACUGCGGUAUCCGGAGGAUGCAAUGCUACAGGAUGCGUUGCCAACAUCAACAUGGGGUGUCCGAAAGAGCUUCAGGUGGUGGGUGGGGAUGGAGGAGAGGAAGGCGGAGUGGUAGCAUGCAAGAGUGCAUGUGAGGCAUUUGGGCUCGACCAAUAUUGCUGCGCUGGGGAGUUUGCUAACCCAACUACCUGCAGGCCAUCUUUCUAUUCCUCCAUUUUCAAGAGAGCUUGCCCCAGAGCAUAUAGCUAUGCGUUUGAUGAUGGCACCAGCACCUUCACCUGCAAAGCUAAUGAGUAUGCCAUCGUCUUCUGCCCCAACAUGGCUGCAGGAAUGAAGAGAUUAAGUGGAGCAGCCCCACCUCCCCCAAUAUUCCGGGAGCAACGCAGCCAUGGAGAGAUUGCAGACAUGGUUGCUUCUUCCAACAACAUUCUUUCUCCAAUACCAGCGGUUAUUUCCAUAUUACUUGUGGUCCUUGCUUCGAGUUUGUUCUUCUGAGACGUCUCUAUUGUCAGAGCUUCACCAUCUCUGAUAAGAAUCCCACUUAAUUAUGAAAGGGAGGCUGGUUCAUGACCAACAACUAGGUCCAUUCUUUUAGUCUGGGAUAUGAGGAAUGAUUGAUUGUAACCUGUAAGAGAGUUUAUUCCAGUUGCGCAGCCAUUGGCAUUGUUGUCACUCAAAUGUGAAAUGAAUAAAAGAAAGUGCAGCAAAGCAAGUGGCUUUUACAAAAAAUAUGUUUCUCAGCCUCUUUGGAUCCUCCAAUCACGUGAUUGGUUUUUAUAUAUGCACUACCUAUAUACAUAUGUAUAUAGAACAAUUAUUAUUA